AUGCUCCAUUCAUUAUCGUUCCAGAAAUAUUUCUAUCGUACAAAGGUACCUUGUGUAAUUGUGGCCACAAAAUCGGAGUCUUUCGAAGUUGAGCAAAAAUAUGAGCAGCAGCCGAGCGAAUUCUGUCGAUCUCAUUCGCUACCUCAACCAGUCCAUUUUCGUCUCAGUGAUAUCGGAAAAGCAGAUAAUCCCGUUUUCUUGCAGCUUGCAACAAUGGCUGUUUAUCCACAUCUGAAACGUGUGUACUAUCUUCAGGACUCGCACUUCUGGUCCAAAGUCACUGUCGGUGCUGCGGUUGCAGCGUUGACAGGAUUUCUGCUCUACAAGCGAUUGUGA